AGAUAAGCAAUGGGAAAGGAUGCGAACAUUUCCCCGUGUUUCUUUCGAUGAUGAAUCCGGCUCGGCUCGCAUAUCAUGCCGUACUUUUACAAACAUGACACAGAAGCGAAUCUAUGAGGUUUUUCGUCAUUUCUACGUUUACGAUGCUUUUGUGAGAGACGUGCAGACUGGGACACGAGCGAUGUUGCAGUCAAGCUUUUCUCGGGAAGAGGGUCUCCAGCGAGUGACAAAAGCUUUGAUUGACAGGCUCAUAUCUACCGGACAGAUGACAGAAUCAUCAUCAUGCUUGGUGCCCGCUUACUCAUCCCCUCUCCUGCUCAUCCAAGGAGCUUGCCCGCCAGAACUUGGAAUCAAGUGCGACACAGUAUGCGAGUUUGCUUGCAGUGACAGCAGCUACACAUUGGUGGGGAGUUCUACAAUAAGAUGCCAGCCAAACGGAACUCUUUCGGAUAAAUUUCCCCAUUGUAAAGCAAAUGAGGAACAUACCACACAGGUCACCACGACAAAGACAACAUCUACUCCACAUCAUGUUGUACACACCACUUUACCAUCCACGACAACAAAUACACAUUCCACCCCGAGGAGAUUUACCACAAGAACGGCGCAACCUGAAAAUGGCACUACACCGGGAAGUCGCACAGGUCAUACCACACCAUCGACAACAGGAAUGCCUUCGACGACUGGUUCAUCAACUACCUCCGAAGAUAUUAGUACAACCACACGUUCUCCUACAAAGAAGGACCCAACGUCAAAGGCGGUACCUACCAUGUCUACCAAGGCGGAUAGACCUACAGACAAGAGUUCUUCUACUGUGUCUUCUACAAGUUCUGUUCCUGGCUUGCCCCAUAGAUUCAGUUCGUUGGCAUUCAUUGGUUUAUCGGGAGUUCCUCUACUUCUUCUGCCAGUGAUUUUCGCUAUAUACAAAUUAGUUUACAGACACCGCAGGAAAAAGUAUUUGAUACUUGAUGAAACUUCGGGGGAAGAUGAUUUAGAUGACGUUCCAUUUGAUUGCGAUGGAUCCUAUACCGCCCAAGAAAUCAAGCAAGCCAUCCUGACAGAUAUGUCUAUAGAACUGAACCGGAAAAUGUGCUACGCCAUGGACAAACCAGACAAGGGAGUUGCUUUCAUCUUGAACAACUACAUAUUUGAUACCUACAGAGCGAAUGAAAGGAAGGGAUCUGAUAUUGAUUUGAUCAACGUGAGGCAUGUCUUUAAGGAGAUUGGAUAUGCCCCUGAAGAAGCUCAAAAUCUAACUGCUGAGGAAAUAAGAAUGGAGCUAAAUAGCUUAAAACAGAAAAUCCUGCCCUCCCACACCUCAGUCGUCUUGGUCUUCAUGAGCCAUGGGGUUCCAGAGGGCAUUCUUGGUACUGACCAGAAGGUCGUAACCGUCGAGGAAAUCAAGAACAUGUUCUCGGGGAACAACUGUCAAGCCUUGAUCGGAAAACCAAAGAUCAUGUUCUUUCAGGCCUGCAGAGGAGAUAAAGUUACUCCAUGUGCUUCCUCGAAUAACACACCCCCUGAAGCAGGGACCGAGAAGUGCGAUGGCAUCGUGAGCACUGAUGGGUUAACACGUGGUGGAAGAGUUGCACUGGCCACAGACGAUGUGGAAAGUUUGAAACCAGAUGGGUCCAUGGACAAACCAUCACCUGGUAACAUCAAAAGAAGUGAGGUGGAUACGGACGGUGGGGUACCAGAUAAUGCCGAUGUCUACAUUGCUCAUGCUACUUCAGAAGGCUAUUUCUCGCUACGUGACAAGCAAAACGGAUCGUGGUUCAUCCAAGCCCUUUGUGAGGAGUUAAUCGCUAGUGCGCAUGCCCAUCAUCUUGAUGACAUCAUGAUGAAUGUAACAGAUAGAGUAAAGCAACACGAAGCUAAUAUUGUGGUAAGAGGAAAACGAAGACUCACUCUACAGACCCCGCAGAUUGUCAAACAAGGAAUAGGAAAGAAGAUCUACUUCUUACCAAAAUAUCAACCGGUGCACCGACGAUCCAAGGCCACUGAACUUAAGUCUCAUUUGUGAGCUUGCAAUUUAAGACGGGGUUUCAGGAAUGCCCGGCAUCUGUCAGGAACGGUCAAGGGUCAAAUCAAAUGUUGAAGGAAUCGAUCUUGUCAAUACUACCCAGUACAUAAUCAAGCUAUCUUUUUUUUCCACUGUUACUUUUUGUGUAAUACGCUGUAAAACUCUGAUUACUAUAUGAACUAUAGCUGUUAAAUAGUUCAAACAACUCGAGGUUAAACAACUAGGGGAAUGUAAUAGUUUAAGCUAUUAAAUAAGUUUAGUUGUACGAUAAAUGUGUUCAUAAUUUAGCACAUUCUUACCUUCAGGUAAACUUAACCAAUCCAAAUGAUGUACAUGAACAUCAUACCAGACAGAGAGACAGUGGAUAUUUACGCGUGCCCAAGUUUCGCACUGAUUGUUAUAAGUAUUACAAGUAUUCUGAAUAAAAGGUUAACAACUUAUCUUGAAGGCAAUGAUAUACUUGGUGAAGAACAAGCUGGUUUCAGAAAUGGUCAUUCGACUCUUGAUCAUAUUUUUGUACUGCAUUCAAUAAUUGAUUUGUACUUAUCUGAGAGCGAAAGGGUAUAUUGUGCAUUCAUCGAUUACAAAAAAAGCAUUUAAUCUAGUAGAUAGAUCGGCUCUUUGGUUGAAAUUAAUGAAUAGCAAUGUAAAUGGAAGUUUUUCAAAAUAAUAGAUAAUAUGUAUGGCCAGGCAAAAUCGUGUGUAAUAAAAGAUAACGAAAUAUCUUCCCUAUUUGAAUGUAAUAUUGGAGAAAACCUAACACCUAUGCUCUUUGCUCUCUUUCUAAAUGACUUCAGUUGUUUUCUCCAGGAUAAAUGUCAUGGCUUGAAUGUUUUACCAAAAAUAAUUAAUACACAUGCUCGACAAAAUGAGAUACAAUUUACAUUAAGUUGUUCACAUUGCUUUAUGCCGAUGAUACUUUGAUUUUAGCUGAAUCUUCUGAUGAUUUACAAACUGCCUUAAAUGCGUUAUAUGAAUAUUGUAAUAUUUGGUCUUUACAUGUCAAUUCAGAUGAGAUAAAGGUUGUUGAUUUUUCUGGGGUUAAAGUGCGGAAAUUACCGUCCUUUCAUUUCAACAAUCAUGAACUAUCAGUAGUUGGUGAGUAUGUAUAUUUAGGAAUAACCUUCAAUUAUAAUAACAGAUUUUAAAAAGCGCAGACGAAACAAUUGAACCAAGCCAGAACAGCUUGUUGACAAAGUCAUAUUCAUUGGACUUGCCUAUUGAUAUAAUGUUAUAAUUAUUUGACCAACUUGUUAUUCCAGUUCUUCUGUAUGGCAGUGAAAUCUGGGGAUUCGAAGUUAUACGAGAUCUUGAUAUAUUUCACAUGAAGUUUUGUAAGCAAAUUUUAAAGUUGAAAAAAUCAACAGCUAAUUGUAUGGUGUUAGGCGAACUAGGUAGAUAUGGUCUUGAUAAAUAUAUCUCUAAUAGAAAAUGAUUAAUUUCUGGUGUAGUAUAGAACAUGCUGGGGAAAACAUUUUUAUCGGGAAUGAUAUAUAGAAUUUUGAAGGUUUUGUAUAAUGAGAAGGUAUAUAAAACUUCAUGGCUUAAAAAAAAAUUAAACUACUAUCGAUAUGCUAGGGAUGUCUGAUUUAUGGUAUACAUGUGAAACCACAAACAGUACUUGGAUCAAACGUACAAUUGAUCAACGUUUAAAAGAUUGCCUAUUUCAAAAUUGGUACUCGGAAAUGUAUGAUAAUCCUCAAUGUAUAAAUUAUCGGAUCUAUAAAAAGUGUCUUGAAUUAGAAAAAUACAUGAUUGUUUUUUCUAAAAAAUAUCGUAUAUGCUUUUCAAAAUUCCGCUGUGAAAACCAUCGUCUACCAAUAGUUACAGGGAGGUAUGAAAACGUUGAAAGAAAUAAUAGAAUUUGCAAUCUGUGUCAAUCACAACUUAUAGGCGAUGGAUACAAUUAUUUGUUUGUCUGUCCGGCUUUCAAAUUUCAAAUUCAAAUUUAUUUAUUUCACUUCCAUCAAUUGUACAUACAUGAAUUGUAUACCAUAUAUAAACAUAAAUAUUUGUAUACGUUGCAAAAAAAGAAAAUAAUGAUACAUAUGUUGU